AGGAGCUCUUCUCCGUACUGAGGGAGGGGGCUUUCCUUGUGGAAUUCCUGCCUGCAGCGCAGCUGUUAGUGGCCUCGGGAGCUCUGUCCGAAGGAUAGGAAAGACAGGCCCCGUUUUCAGUGGACACUGUCAUUAAUCUGCUGUCGGCGUACACCAGAGCUGUGCAGCUUCAGACGUGGUCGAGCUACAGCGUCCACCAUCCCUGGCCAUUGGCCGCUGUGGCUGGAGAUGAGGGGAGAUUGGAAGCAGCUGGAAGGCUGGAGGUUGUUCAGCCCGGCUGAAUCGGGUUCCUUAUAGAGAUUGGACUUCAUAGAUUUGACGUUGUCAAAGACACAGCGAAAGACCCCUACAGUCAUUCAUAAACAUUAUCAAAUCCACCGCAUUCGUCAUUUUUACAUGAGAAAAGUGAAAUACACUCAACAAAAUUACCACGACAGACUUGCCCAGAUCAUAACAGACUUCCCAAAGCUAGAUGACAUCCAUCCGUUUUAUGCAGAUUUGAUGAAUAUUCUUUAUGACAAAGAUCAUUACAAGUUGGCUUUGGGACAAAUUAAUAUUGCCAAAAACCUGAUUGACAAUGUUGCUAAGGAUUAUGUACGACUGAUGAAAUAUGGGGAUUCCCUUUACCGAUGCAAACAGCUGAAGCGUGCAGCACUGGGGCGGAUGUGUACCAUAAUCAAAAGACAGAAGCAGAGCCUGGAGUACUUGGAACAAGUGCGUCAGCAUUUAUCUCGAUUGCCAACCAUUGAUCCGAACACGCGGACCCUCUUAUUGUGUGGAUAUCCAAAUGUUGGGAAAUCCAGCUUCAUAAAUAAGGUAACAAGAGCAGAUGUAGAAGUACAGCCAUAUGCCUUCACCACAAAAUCCCUGUUUGUAGGGCACAUGGAUUACAAGUACCUGCGCUGGCAGGUGGUGGACACCCCCGGUAUUCUGGAUCAUCCCCUGGAAGAGAGAAACACCAUUGAGAUGCAAGCAAUAACAGCCCUUGCUCAUCUUCGUGCUGCUGUGCUCUAUGUCAUGGAUAUAUCUGAACAGUGUGGGCAUAGCCUGGAAGAGCAGCUUGAACUUUUUGGGAACAUAAAGCCGCUAUUUGCUAAUAAGCCUUUAAUAAUUGUAGCAAAUAAAUGUGAUGUGAAGAGGAUUUCUGAACUUUCUGAGGAAAACCAGAAACUGAUUGCUGAUCUAGAAGCCGAUGGACUCCCUGUAAUAGAGACCAGCACCCUAACUGAAGAAGGAGUGAUGCAAGUUAAAACAGAAGCCUGUGACAGAUUGCUGGCCCAUCGUGUUGAUUUGAAAAUGAAAGGAAACAAGGUGAAUGAUGUCCUGAACAGGCUGCAUUUGGCUGUUCCAAGCAAGAGAGACAACAAGGAAAGACCACCGUUUAUUCCAGAGGGCGUUUUGCUGCGUAAAAAGCGUAUGGAGGUUGAUUUGCCUAAAAAGAAAUUGGAGAAAGAUCUUGAAAUGGAAAUGGGAGAGGACUAUGUUUUGGAUCUUCAGAAAUAUUGGGAUCUAAUGAAUUCAUCUGAAAAAUAUGAUAGGAUACCAGAAAUUUGGGAAGGUCAUAACAUAGCCGACUUUAUUGACUCAGAUAUCAUGAAGAAAUUGGAACAGUUGGAAGAGGAGGAAGAACUAAGGCAAGCGGCUGGAGAAUAUGACAGCUAUUCAGAAAGCGAAGAUGAAGAAAUGAGGGAUAUCAGACAAUUGGCACAGCAGAUUCGUGAGAAAAAGAAACUGAAGAUCCUGGAAUCCAAGGAGAAAGACACCCAGGGACCCAAGCUACCCAGAACAGCAAGAAAGGUCCAACGGAAGAAAUUAGAAAAGGAGAUGUCCGAUCUUGGACUUGACAUGACUGGCAAAGAUGAGGCACAUUAUGUAGCUCAAACAAGAUCCCGGAGUGUGACCCGAAAACGCAAACGAGAGGAAUCUGAAUCACGUAUGUCUAUUGCACGAAGUCGCAGCUCUUCCCGUACACCUCGUGAUGUAUCUGGUCUUCGAGAUGUCAAGAUGGUGAAGAAAACUAAAACCAUGAUGAAGAAAGCUCAGAAGAAAAUGAAUCGGUUGGGCAAGAAAGGCGAGGCAGAUAGGCAUGUAUUUGAUCUUAAACCCAAGCAUCUGUUUUCUGGCAAGAGGAAAUCUGGAACCACACAAAGAAGAUGAGUGGCUCAGAAGACAAGAAAUUGCAACUCUCUCCUCCUAAUACAAAUUCAAAAAUAUACAACCUCUUGUGUAACUUAUUUUUGGAUGCCAGGAACACAGACUAUAAAUAAAUCCUAAACCUGUA